GGGGCAGCGACUAGCGGAGAGCCAUCUUGGAACAGCUGAUGACACAAAUAUGGCUGCUGCUAGUUUGUGACAUUCUUGUGUGACUAUGCCCAUAAAGUCCAGCGCUGCGUCACUGUAACAAUGCUAAUAAUAAUGAUAAGGACAUAAUUUGGAUCCUAGAUAUGUGUUCUGUGUCUUAUAUAUGCUUUUGGUUCACCGUGGGAGCAUCAUGGCUUGUAGUAAAUACAUCAGUGAGCGGCAAUUCCAUGUCCGAGGAGGAGAGGCUCAGGCUCAAAGAGGAAGCCAAGGAGAUGUUCUAUCAUGCAUACAGCUCAUAUAUGGACAAUGCCUACCCAGCAGAUGAGUUGAUGCCCCUCAGCUGUAUGCCAAGGUGGAGGGGAGUUGACCAAUCCAGGGGGGAUAUAGAUGACACCUUGGGAAAUUUUUCACUAACAUUGGUGGACUCCUUGGACACACUAGUUGUGAUGGGAGAUAUAGAAGAAUUUGAUCGAGCUCUUCGACUAGUAGUGCGAGAUGUGUCCUUUGAUAAUGAUGUAGUUGUCUCUGUUUUUGAGACUAAUAUCCGCAUGGUUGGUGGACUGCUGUCGGGGCAUGUGCUGGCAGAACACCUUAAUCAGUUGUAUGGUGCCUUGGGUUGGUAUCGAGGAGAGUUGCUCACAAUGGCACGCGAUUUGGCCACACGACUCCUACCAGCCUUUAACACCACUACAGGAAUUCCCCAUGCCAAGGUCAACCUAAAGUAUGGGAUGAAGUCUCCAAAAUUGCAAAGUUCCAGAGAUACUUGUACAGCGUGUGCUGGAACAAUUAUUUUAGAGUUUGCUGCAUUAUCAAGAUUAACUGGUGAUCCCAUCUUUGAGGAGAAAGCACGACAAGCACUAGAUUGCCUGUGGAGUCAACGGCACAGAGGAAGUGACCUUGUUGGGACUGUGCUGAAUGUACAUUCAGGAGACUGGGUUAGAAGAGAUUCUGGAGUGGGGGCUGGUAUUGAUUCUUAUUAUGAAUAUCUUCUGAAAGCCUAUGUAUUGCUCGGGGAUGAAAGCUACUUGGAAAGGUUCAACAAGCAUUAUAGUGCUGUGAUGAAGUAUAUCAGCCAAGGUCCAAUGUUGCUUGAUGUCCAUAUGCACCGUCCUCAUACAACAUCCCGUAACUUUAUGGAUGCUCUCCUUGCAUUCUGGCCAGGAUUACAGGUUUUGAAGGGAGAUAUUAAACCAGCCAUCGAGACUCAUGAAAUGUUAUUCCAAGUGAUCCAGCGGCAUAACUUUUUGCCCGAAGCCUUCACCACUGACUUCCAGGUUCACUGGGGGCAGCAUCCUCUGCGACCUGAGUUUUUAGAAUCUACAUAUCUUUUAUACCUUGCCACUGACGACCCAUACUACCUGCGGGUUGGAGAACACAUUCUGCGCUCCCUUCAGAAGCAUGCCUGGGUACCCUGUGGAUAUGCAGCUGUCAAAGAUGUUAGGACAGGUGUUCAUGAAGACAGAAUGGAUUCAUUUGUGUUAUCAGAGACCUUCAAGUAUUUAUAUCUACUCUUUGCAAAACCAAGUGACCUGAUUAUUGAUGUAGAUCAUUUUAUUUUCACAACUGAGGCUCACCUCCUGCCUCUUUCAUUAGCUCGACUUUCCAAUCUAACAGUUGUACCUGGCCCAGAUCCUCAGGAGAGUGCACAGGAUAGUGAUGUAGAAUAUGCGAGGUCAUGCCCAAAUGCUCACUUUCUGUUUCCUGGACGCCAUGAAUUUGCUGAAACUAUAAGACGUCCCCUUAAAAACUUUGUAAAUAAUGUCUGUCCCUCACGAAAAACCCUGCAGAGAAAACUGAGGGCAUCUGAAUUUCAAGCAGGGAACAGUCGGCACAUGAGCCUGCUCAGGGACAUGGGCAUCACUAUCAUGGCUCUUCCAGAUGGUCGUGUUCAGCUGCUGCACACUUCCUCCAAUGCAAAAUCCUCAGAUGAUGCUGAGGAAGGUCUGCUUUUCAUGCAGGAAAUGAUAGAGUUGAGCAAAUUGCAGCAGGAGCAGCCAGAGAAUCCUCCUCGUGUGGUUUCCUUCCAACAAGAAAUUGAUGGUCAAACAGUCGUAACAACUAUUCAAGCUGGUCCAGCUCAGUUUGGUUUAGAUCUGAAAGGAGAUGUUCAGGUCAGAGGAACAGUAGUGAAGGCUUCUCCACUUCGAGCAUGUGAUCAGCUUCACAACAAAGGAGAUAUUAAGGAGAAGAUUGUUAUCAUAGAGCGUGGAGACUGUAUGUUUAUUGAGAAGGCCCGUAGGUUGGAGGCUCUUGGUGCUGUUGGAGGCAUAGUGCUGGAUAACACUCCAGGAACUUCUGCCAAAAGCUCCCCGAUGUUUGCAAUGUCUGGUGAUGGAACUGAUGAUGUCAGCAUUCCUCUAGUGUUCCUCUUUUCUGCUGAUGCUGAACUCCUAAUGAAUGCUCUUGAUAAACAACCUGACCUUGAAGCAGUUCUGUCAGAUUUUCCAUACAAAGAGAGUGGUACAGGCUCAGUGGAGGAAGUACAACUUGAUUUGAGUGCCACUGCUGAGGGUGGGAAAGAAACAAAAGUGGCUGAAUCAGAAGAGGGUCUACUACCUCAAGUGAUAUCUAUCAUAAACAAGAGACAGAAGGAGGAUGAAGAUAUAAGUGGUGAUGAUUUAGUGACAGUGGUGGAGGGACAGCAGGCAACACACUCUGAACAAGAAGGAAAAGAUUAUUCCCUCAAGUUUCAGAAAGCUCUCACGGAACUAGAAAAUGCAAACUCUGCUGAAGAGAUUCUUGUUGCGGCAGUUCACUAUGUCAACAGCAGACAAGAGCAGGAAGUGGCAGAGGGCAACAUUUUGAAGGCUGGACAACCAUCAUCUGCAAUCAUUACAGAACUUCAGGGACUAUUAAUCAAGAAGACAUCAUCUGACCCUAGUCUCCUAAAGUCAUUAUUAAGUGUACAUCUGCGUGAGCUGAUGGCAGUGUUACAGCAAGCCUCACCUAGCACCUCAGAUCUAGAUACAUCUCUGCAUCAUCUUCUGAACCAACUGACUGCUCUCACUCUUAAACCAUCAGUGCUUGAUCAUCCUAGGAAUACUGCCUCAGAAACUAAACUUUCUCAUCAGAGAGGUUCACCAAAAGGGGAUCAUAAUGAAGAUAGGAAACUUGAAGAACAGUUUUCUGAAGUAAUUCAGCAUCAAAUUAGAAAAAUAAGGAAGCAGUUUGAACACACUGCAGACAGUGAAGAUGUGAGUGCUAACAAAGACAGAGACUCCUUACAAACCAAAGAUCUUGAUAGGAAAGAUGAACUAUAAAGCAAUAAUAUUUUCAGAGACCUAUUAAAUGACUUAAUAUAUACAUAAGUACAGUAAAGCCUCAUUGUUUUGUGCGUAAGAAGAAUGGGAUAUAACAUCUACUCUACUACAUAUUUAUUCAAAUUGUCCAUAAUCUAAGCUGUUUUGAUUGUACUUUUGGUAUUUUCACAUGGAUUUAAUUUUCAAAUGAGAUUAUGAGUAGUUCUUUAAAGUAGAAGUAAACAUUCAAAUGAAUGUAAAAAGGACAGUUGUUGGUAUGGUAGUACUUAUUUAUUUUGUUAAUUAUAUGCACACUGGGUUAUCAGCUAAUAUGUAAGUGAUCUUUCAUUGCAAAUAACUUUUACAAAAUUAUAAACCUCAUUGAACUCUUAUUCUGCAUACACUACAAGCAUAGAGCUUACAUGUUUUAACCCAUCCUUGCUAACCCUUCCACUUGGCUUACAAUUGAUUCUUAGGGCAACUUGCAGUUGUCAUUAAAACAGUUGCUAUAAUUGUUCCAAAUGCACCACAAAACAAAAAUACUCACAUUACAAACAUUUUUAUAUUGAUAAGGUAAGACCCCACUGUUAAUAAUAUAACAUUAUUAUAAUGACAUAUUAUUGCUUUACAAAGGAGAGGAAAUAUUUGAAUAUUGUUGGUAAAUACUCACAAGUCUAAAAACUAAAUUUAUUAUUGAUUAAUCUGUUCUGAAAGAUUGUGUGGCUGUGACAAAAUUUUUGCAAAGCAUUUUGCACACACACACACACACACACACACACACACACACACACACACACACACACACACACACACACACACACACACACACACACACACACAUACACACACUCACACACAGUCAUGAUAUGAACUUUAGUGGAACCAGAACCAUAAGUGCAUUUAUAUGCCAUUAUGGUAUGAAUUAAGUACAAAGUGCAAGAGGUUAUCACUGCUACAUAAAUUCAGUCUUCCUAUUAUUUAAAGUGCAUACAUCAUGUACUUGAAAUAAAGUGAGUCAAGUGCAAAUCAAUGAGGCUUUGCUGUAUCUGAACAUUUUCAUAACCUCCUAGUUGUACAUUUUUAGCACAACUGCAUAGCAUUUUGGAGAAAGGCAAUCAGUUUAUUGUUACUAAGUAAUUGAUGGAUAACUGUCGGUUUAUUAAUAGUUUCACAGAAUCUAGAGGUUGCUCAGGGGAGCUGCUUGUCACUGUGAUAUUUGACAUUAGUGGAGCAGUUGGGUUAUGGGGGUUGCACAUUUCAUAAUCAUUUAAUGUACUAUUACAGAAAGCACUGCUCAUAAAAAAAACCACAUAGGUUUUGGCAAUGUCCAAAAGUGAACUGUACAUACCUCAUUCAUAUGAUGUACAUUCGCUACUGUAAUUCAGAGUGACUGAGAUCAUUCCAGAACCCUCUAAGGUAGAAUAGUGUAAAGACUUUGUUGAUGAUAGUUUUCUGUAGCGUAAAGGUAUAUGUAAUAUAUAUUUAUUUUAUAUUAUUGAUUUUUUGUGUGUUAGUGUAUCAAGGAAUUAAAUUCUGAAAGAAAAAUUAAACCGGUUAAAUAAGGUUAUGCAACAUCAGUUUGAGAUAAAAGUCAUUCUAUGAUAUUUUUAUUUUUAUUUUUUAUUUAUUUAUUUAUUUUUUUUUUUUUUGUUAACCCAUCAAUGGCUGUCUAUGAAAAACUGCUACAAUGAUUUGUUUUUUAUUUUCUUACCUCACUUAAAAAAAAAUGAAAAAAAAUUGGCCCCAGAGGAUAUAACAGUGCUUAUUAAUAACAUGUACUUGAUUUAUUUGCAUCAGAGAUAUUUUGAUGAAACAUUGUUAAGGGUGUCCUUAACUAGAAUCCUCACAAUGGUCAUCAGAAGUGUUGGAACUAAAACACAUGCUUUAUAUUCUGUUCAUGUAUAUCUGAUGCUUGUUCCAAAUGGAAGCUUCAAAAUGGUGGACCAUGAUAGCAUCCUUGUUAAAUACCUUCCCAUGCACAUUGUCCUUAGUUCCUGUAUUCUUAUUCUUCUUUUGUAUGUGUCCUUCACAUUUGCUUGGAUACUUAAUUGGCAACAGCAUCCUAAAAUUGUUUCAACAUAUUCUCUCUCUCUCUCUCUCUCUCUCUCUCUCUCUCUCUCUCUCUCUCUCUCUCUCUCUCUCUCUCUCUCUCUCUCUCUCUCUCUCUCCGAUAUUACUUGUUUUUUUUUUAGAUGUUAACCGCUGUUACAUAUAUUUAUGUUUUUCAGAUGAAAUCAAUUUUACUUAUGUUUUUGAAAAUCCUUAUACAUAUUCCACUUAAAUCUGCUUGCUUGAAUAUGAUCCUAUUCUACAUUAACACUGAUCUGUCCUUCAUUUAUACUAUUUGUACACUAAAUUCUCUCCCAAAGAAUCUUUUUGUCAUCUUCAGUAAACAAAAAGAACUAUGCCAAGAUAGAAAAAUUCUUUCAUCUCAUUGAACUUGAUGGUAUCACAAUGAAGCUCAGUAAUGCCUCAUGAUGCUUCAUCUUUCUCAUGUCAUACUUCUUGCACUAUCUGCAUUUCUAUAGUGAACGUUUUAUAAUGACAAUAAAGAAACAUUUAACUAUGUGCCAAUUCUCAUAGACAAAAUUACUUAAUCUAACACUUUUGUCUUACAUUAUUACACUGAACAGAUCUUAUGAAAUAAAAUAUCUUGGUGUCACAUUCACAUAGACCCCCAGAGAAAUUAGCAAGAAGGUUCUGUUCACACUGACAUAGAAACACAGGUUCUAUAAUGGUUUCUUUGUAUAAUUCGUUUUUUUUUUUUUAUCAAUUUUGCACAUUUUUGGUUCUUUAUUGACAAUAGAUGCACCAAUAAACUUUUUACUCAACUUUUUAAUCCAUGAAUGCAUUGGAGUUGCCUCCUUUUUGUUAAAUAUAUCUCUGUCUGACUGAUCACACACACACACACACACACACACACUCAUAAAGAAGAGGAUCUUCCAUUUUUAUCCAUAUUCACUUUCAAGUAUUAUCCAUUACUCAGCUGUAGUUGCCCUGAAAAGAUUAUAAAAUCAUUUCUUUUGAUCCUAUAAAGAGACUAUAAUCCACUGGUUCUUCCGUUUUUCCUAGUGGUCCUCUAUUUCUCAUCAACAUUUUGUGUCUCUUCAUACUCAGCUCUUUACAUAAGAUGACUGCUGAAUUAGUAUUCCUUGUAUUAUAUAUUUAUUUUUCCCCCACCACAUAAUAUUCACUUAUCUGCUCAUUCUUUGCCUUCUUAAAAAUUUGUAUAUCCAUAGACUAAAUUUCUCCAGUCCAUCAUAAGUAUUUUAAUUUGUCUAUUUCACCAUACAUAAAGUUAUUUAAUCUUUAUUCUGCCACUGAAAUUAACAUUUUUUAUAACAUGUAAAUGAUAUGAUUACACUCCAUCCCUGUAUCUUUUUGCUUCAUAUCUUGAAUUCUUGCUCAUUUCUAAUAUUGCUAAAGCAAUAUUACUUUGUAAUAGAUUACAUGGGAACACACACACACACACACACACACACACACACACACACACACACACACACACACACACACACACACACACACACACACACACACACACACACACACACACACACACACACACACACACACAC